AUGGCGUUAUCGAAAAACAGCAGCAGCAGCAGCAAGAAGAAAGUUUCAUACAUCUCAGUCCCGUCUCAGAUAAUUAACUCUCUUUCUUCUUCCUCUCUACAAUCCCUUCUUGUUUCCCCAAAGAAAUCAUCAAAAUGCACCAACAGAUUCAGCUACAGAAACCCUAGAAUCUGGUUCUUUACUCUCUUCCUCUUCUCACUCUUCGGUAUGUUGAAACUCGGAUUCAACUUUGACCCAAUCUCUCUCCCUUUCUCUCCUUGUUCAACGAGUCAACCACUAAUCUUCGACGGAGAAAACAGAGCCGAAUCCAAUCUGGGUUUCUCCGAAUCGAAAUCGACUUCUGGGUAUUCGAAUUCGAGUGAGAUUAUCCAAUCAGAAGGCGGAAAAAACGAGUCUUUGUUCACGACGGAAGGUGAUUUCUGGAAACAGCCCGACGGGUUAGGGUUUAAGCCGUGUCUUGGAUUUAGCGGUCAGUAUCGGAGAGAUAGCAAUUCGAUUCUGAAGAACAGAUGGAAGUAUCUGCUUGUCGUCGUCUCCGGUGGGAUGAAUCAGCAAAGGAAUCAGAUUGUUGAUGCAGUUGUCAUCGCUAGGAUCCUUGGCGCUUCUCUCGUUGUCCCUGUUUUGCAGGUUAAUGUCAUUUGGGGAGACGAAAGUGAAUUCGCCGAUAUUUUCGAUUUGGAGCACUUCAAAAGCGUUUUAGCAGACGAUGUUCAUAUAGUCUCGUCUCUGCCUUCAACACAUGUCAUGACGAGACCUGUCGAAGAAAAAAGGACUCCACUUCACGCUUCUCCUCAAUGGAUUCGUGCUCAUUACCUGAAGCGAAUAAACAGAGAAAGAGUUCUACUUCUCCGUGGACUCGAUUCAAGACUCUCCAAGGACCUUCCUUCCGAUCUUCAAAAGCUCCGAUGCAAAGUAGCUUUCCAAGCGCUAAGAUUCUCGCCGAGGAUCCUCGAGCUCGGAAACAAGCUAGCUUCACGCAUGCGCAACGAAGGACAACAAUACCUCUCGCUUCAUCUAAGAAUGGAGAAAGACGUUUGGGUCAGAACCGGUUGUCUUCCCGGUUUAACCCCCGAGUACGACGAGAUCGUCAACAGCGAAAGAGAAAGCCACCCGGAGCUACUAACCGGACGGUCAAACAUGACUUACCACGAGCGCAAACUCGCCGGUCUCUGCCCUUUAACCGCUCUCGAAGUCACGAGGCUGCUUAAGGCAUUGGAAGCUCCUAAAGACGCGAGAAUCUAUUGGGCAGGAGGAGAGCCUCUAGGUGGGAAAGAGGUUUUGGAUCCGUUGACUAAAUCCUUCCCUCAUUUCUACAACAAGCAUGACCUUGCUUUGCCUGGAGAGCUCGAGCCGUUCGCCAAGAAAGCUUCGGUUAUGGCUGCGAUCGACUACAUUGUGUGUGAGAAGAGCGAUGUUUUUAUACCGUCUCAUGGAGGGAACAUGGGACACGCGUUGCAAGGGGAGAGAGCUUACGCUGGUCACAAGAAGUAUAUCACUCCUAAUAAGAGACAGAUGCUUCCUUAUUUCAUGAACUCGUCGCUCCCUGAGUCGGAUUUUAAUAGAAUUGUGAAGGAUCUUCAUCGAGAGUCUUUUGGACAGCCGGAGUUGAGGAUGAGCAAAGCUGGUAAAGAUGUUACAAAGCAUCCUGUUCCUGAGUGUAUGUGCUCAGAUAGACAACAACAACAACAACAGUCAGAAGCUUAA